CAUAUAUAAAUUCUCUGCGGCAACCUUUCAAGCACCAUUCUUGGUAAUGGUUAGAUAUACUUAAAGGCAAACAUUUAUGUAAAAAUAUAUAUAAUAUAGCUGUAUAUAUAGGAAGUAUAUAUAGCUAUAUAUGCAGGAUAGCUGGUGAAGAAAGGAAUUCUGGUGAGAUUUUCGCCCAGAAGAGAGAGUUAACCUGGAAUUUCUAUUUCCGGCAAAGAAUUAAAAAUGAAGAGAAGAAGCACGAGAAGCGCCUCCACACUGUCGAGACCGCCGGUGAAAGGAGAUGAACGGAAAACGGAUGAGAAGAAGGCGAAAUUCGAGAAAAAAUUGUUCAAAUACGAGGAAUUGCCAGAGUAUUUGAAGGAUAAUGAGUUCAUCAGAGACUAUUAUAGAUGUGAAUGGCCUUUGAAGCAUGUUUUUCUUAGCCUUUUCUCUUUGCACAAUGAAACUCUCAAUGUUUGGACUCAUUUGCUAGGUUUUAUUAUAUUUGUUGGAUUGACAGCGAUGAGCUUGACGGAGAAGAUGACUCUGGAGAACGUGAUGGCACGUUUCCUUGGAGAGGGAAGUAAUGCUUGGUUAAACGUGAAGAUAAUUAAUCAAUCCAACGGUUCAGAUUCUUUAUUUUCGAAAUCUGACCUAGGAAAUAUUCCCAAGGCAUCAAGCUUACAUGCAAAUGCAGAUUCCUAUUCUCUUCCUACAUGGCCUUGGUUUGUUUUCUUAGGAGGAGCAAUGAGUUGUUUGAUCUUUAGCUCAAUCUCCCAUCUCUUUGCCUGCCACUCCCGAAGUUUCUACCUGUUCUUCUGGCGCCUCGACUACACUGGCAUCUCCGUCAUGAUCGUCUGCUCAUUUUUCACACCAAUAUACUACGCGUUCUCAGAUCGCCCGCAUUGGCGCCUCGUAUACCUUACCUCGAUCACAUUAGUAGGAAUUCUAGCUGUUAUCACCCUCCUUGCACCGGCUCUCUCCAGCGGUCGUUUCCGGGGUUUCAGGGCAGCCCUUUUCCUCUCCAUGGGGUUCUCUGGUGUGAUUCCGGCUGCUCAUUCAGUAAUCCUUCACUGGGAUCACCCACAAAUACUCGUCGCACUCGGGUAUGAAAUAGCUAUGGGACUUCUCUACGCCGUUGGAGCUGUUUUUUAUGUUACUAGGAUCCCAGAGAGAUGGAAACCUGGUACAUUUGAUAUUUUAGGACACAGCCAUCAGAUAUUUCACGUUUUAGUUGUUGCAGCAGCACUUGCUCAUUGUGCUGCCACCAUCGUUAUCAUGGAAUGGCGCCGAAACUUACCGGCCUAAACCUCCCUCCGCCCUGGUUAUUAUUAUUAUUUGCCGUUGUUUGGAAUAGAUGCAAGUUUUGUGUUGUAACAUAUUAAUCGAAUGCACUACUGGUUCUUGCGUGUAACAAGCAAUGCAGCAAUGGAACUUUAAUUUUGAGCAGUAAAAUUAGGCAUAUUUUUUUGAA